AUGGCUGCUUCAGUAGCAGCACUAGCUUCACUCCCUUCCUCACUCUUCUUCAAACGCUCCCUCUCCCUCACACCAUUCCGCACCCUCCCCCGCCUCACCUGCUCCUCCUCUCUCGAAUUCAACAUCACCUUCGCGCCCGCGCCCAAGCCCAAACCCGACCCGAACUCCCUCCCCGCCUCCUCCUCCUCCUCCGGCCAGCAGCUCUUCAUCCCCUGGAUCGUCCGCGGCGAAGAUGGCAAGCUCAAGCUCCAGUCGCACCCUCCCGCGCGUCUCCUCCACGAGAUGGCCCAAGCCGACACCAAGACCAAGUCCAAGAAGAAUAAAGACACCGCCCAGAAGAAGCAGCGGGUGCUCACCGCCGAGCCGAAGCAUUCCAAGGCGGCGAGGAGGUUUUACAAUGAGAACUUCCGCGAGUCGCAGCGUCUCAGCAAGGUCCUCGCGGCCGCAGGAGUGGCGUCGCGACGGAGCAGUGAGCAGCUUAUAUUUGAUGGGAAGGUGACUGUGAAUGGCUCUGUAUGCAACACUCCUCAGACUCCGGUUGAUCCUGGGAGGGAUAUUAUUUAUGUCAAUGGGAAUCGGCUUCCGAAGAAACUGCCUCCCAAGGUUUAUCUUGCCCUCAACAAGCCAAAAGGGUACAUUUGCGCUGCUGGGGAGAAGAAAUCUGUUUUAAGUCUGUUUGAUGAUUACUUAAAGAGUUGGGAUAAGAGAAACCCAGGAACACCCAGACCACGACUAUUUACAGUUGGCCGUCUUGAUGUUGCCACUACUGGGUUGAUUGUUGUGACCAAUGAUGGAGAUUUUGCUCAAAGUAUAUCACAUCCUUCAGCAAACUUGACAAAGGAAUACAUUGCCGUAAUAGAAGGUUCUGUUAGUAAGAAAAGCCUGAUAGCCAUCAGUGAGGGAACAGUCAUUGAUGGUGUCCAUUGUACCCCAGAUUCUGUGGAGUUACUACCACAACAGCCAGAAAUUUCGAGAUCCCGUUUGCGUAUUGUGGUUCAUGAAGGGAGGAACCAUGAAGUACGAGAACUUGUUAAAAAGGCUGGACUUGAGAUACACUCAUUAAAACGUGUACGCAUUGGCGGUUUCAGACUUCCAACAAACCUCGGGCUUGGCACGCACAUGGAAUUAAGACAAGGUGAUCUUUCUGCCUUGGGUUGGAAAACUAAGAAAGUUGCUGCGACUGCUGGAAGGUAGCAUUUAUCUUAGCUCUCCCUAAGGUUGAUACAUCUAGACACUGUUAAAAUCUUCACCAGUCACUUGUCAGUUAGAGCUAUUGAAUCGGGUCCCCAUUCCCCUUUGUUGGGGGCAAUAUUUGGCUAUGCUGGUCGGAAAGAAGUUUUCCCAUGGCCGAUGGUUAAAUACAAGUUUUGAGCUGAUGUUAUUGACCUCUGAAGUGCAAGAGUUGCUGGGCUGCAGAGUCAUCUGUAUCUGUAUAUUGCACAUGAUAUAGUAACAAAAUGCUUGUUUUGCCGUUC